AUGUCGUCAAUGUCGUCCUCCUCCAUGUCCAUGUCCUCCAUGUCCACCAUGCCCAUGGUAUUCACGACCUCGCACCACACCCCUCUGUACGGAAAUGGAUGGACGCCGUCCACGAGCGGCGGCUACGCCGGCACCUGCAUAUUCCUAGUCUUCCUGGCCAUCGGGCUGCGGCUGGUGUUUGCGGCCAAGGCCGUGUGCGAACAGAGAUGGGCCGCCGCGGCACAGAGACGCCGCUUCGUCCUGGUCAAGGGCAGGCCCACCGAGGCCGGGCGGAUCGACCAGGACCCGGAUGCGAAGACUGGGGCCCUCAUCACCGUCAACGGCGUCGAGGAGAACGUCAAGGUCGUCCAAGCUAGAGGCGUCUUUCCCGCCUUCCGGUUGUCGGUCGAUGUGCCUCGGGCUAUACUGACCACCAUCAUCGCCGCCAUGGCGUAUUUGCUGAUGUUGGCUGUCAUGACCAUGAACGUGGGCUAUUUCCUUUCCGUGCUUUUGGGCGUGUUCCUGGGUGAACUGGCUGUGGGCAGAUAUGCUCGGACCGACGAACACUUUCACUGA